CCACAUUGUUUGAAAAUAUUUUCAAGAUUGUAUAAUUUAAAAUCUCAUUUGAAAACUCAUAGUGAUGAAAAGCCUUUCAAUUGUUCAUAUUGUGAUAGGAAAUUUGCAAGAAAUCAUGAUAGAAAAAGACAUGAAUUAUUACAUCAAGGUGAAAAAAAAUUUCAAUGUGGAGGCAUACUUGGUGAUAAAGUAACUAAAUGGGGUUGUGGUAAAAAAUUUGCUCGUGCUGAUGGGUUAGGAAGACAU